AUGACCCCCUUUGAACAAUUCUGGGUCACAGACAAUGGCAAACGUGAGCGGGUGUAUUCCGAGAUCUACUCCUCGGAUGCGAUGCUUGAGGCCCACAAGGAGGUCUGCGCGCUGCCACAUGAACCCGGUGACGAUCUCGAACGUGUCGUCGUCCCAUUGAUGGCCUGGUCCGAUUCAACACAUCUUGCAAGCUUUGGGGAUGCAUCGCUCUGGCCAAUCUACGUCUCGUUCGGAAACCAAUCAAAGUACGUUCGUGGAAAGCCAACAUCUCAUGCAUGCCAUCAUCUGGCCUACAUUCCUUCGCUUCCCAGCCAGAUUCAGGAAUAUUACAGAAAGGUCUACGGAGAAACAGCAUCUUCAAAGGUUAUCACUCACUGCAAGCGCGAACUCAUGCAAAAAAUCUGGGAGCACUUACUAGAUAAAGAAUUCAUGAAGGCGCACAAGCACGGAAUGAAGAUUCUAUGCAGCGACAAUGUUUGGCGCCUUUUUUUCCUGCGAUUCCUGACAUACUCUGCAGACUAUCCAGAGAAAGUCCUCCUCGCCACAAUUAAGUACCUUGGAACCUGUCCAUGUCCUCAGUGCCUCAUCGAGAAGAGCGAGAUCUCACAAAUGGGCUCUAAGUUGGAUAUACGGCGGCGUGAAGCCAUCCGCCUUGACACCCCUAUCCGACAUAUUGAAUUAGAAACUGCACGUAAAAUCAUCUUUCAGAAUGGAGUUCCUGUCGACAGUAAGAGAGUCGACAAGGUCCUGGGCAAUCACUCUCUUACUCCGACACGGAAUAUAUUUUCGCACCGAUUCCAUCAAUCUGGAUCAAAUUUCUUCCGGAUGUUUGUUGUUGAUCUCUUGCAUGAAUUUGAACUUGGCGUUUGGAAAGCCACAUUUACUCACCUGAUCCGUAUCUUGUACGCUGAGGGUGGUGACCAGGUUCAGCACUUGGAUGAGCGUGUAGACGCCAUCCGAAGAUUUCAUAACAAUGCAUCUGCCAUGAAGAAACCAGCUGCACGAGACUUCGAAGAUCUUAUUCAGUGUGCCAUUCCUUGUUUUGACAGCCUGCUACCUGUACCCCACCAUGCCAUUGUUAUGGACCUGCUUUUUGCUCUUGCAACAUGGCAUGCUUACGCUAAGCUGCGGCUCCACACUGACUCAAUAUUGAUAUCUCUCGAGUUGGCGACAACAGCACUCAGCCAACACAUGCGCAAAUUCAAAGCUACUACCUGCGCAUCCUAUGAGACAAUGGAGCUUCCAGGAGAAGAAACUCGCCGUGUACGACGGCAAGUUGCCAAGGCCGCGAACCAACAAAAGAAAACAACGGCACUCAGUGCAAAGAAGAAAAAACUCACACAGCCAGGAAAACGACGGAAGGACUUCAACAUUUCCACAUACAAGAAUCACGCGCUUGGGCAUUACGCCAAGACAAUCCGGCUCUUUGGUACGACAGAUUCAUAUACAUCGCAACAGGGAGAACUUCAGCACCGCCACUCAAAGCGCCGCUUCAAAAGGACAAACAAAAACCAGUUCACGAAGCAGCUCGCACAACAUGAGAGCCGAGAACAUGCUGUGCGCAAAGUAAAUGAACGCAUGAUGGCCUCCAGUCAACCCCUCCCGGCCCCUGGUGGUAAGAAGUUGACUGCUCGUGGUGAUGCCCUCCUGUGCACACGGCCAGAAAUACACCAUCACAUUGCUGAGUCUGUCAAAGAGUAUGACUACAUCACCCCUUGGCUUACCGAGAACCUAGGGGACCCUGCACUCAAGCUUUUUUUUCUAAACGAAUUUCUUCCGCGUCUUCGGGACCACCUGCUUGCACACUUACUAGGCAAAAUUUGGGACGGUGACGAGCACAGCUUCACAGAUGCAGAGCGGAGACAAAUUCUGUUCGAUAAUGACCGCCUUUACCGACACAGCACUGUACGGAUCAACUACACGACAUAUGAUAUACGUCGAGCCCAGGAUUCCAUCAACACGCACAGUCAUGCCGAUAUCAUGCUACUGUCGCAUGAAGAUGACGGCGACGCAACCCCUCCGCACCCCUACUGGUAUGCCCGUGUCAUCGGCAUCUACCAUGUCUUCGUCACGCACCCGACCCUGUCGCCUGAACCUAGACGGCUUGAUUUCCUUUGGGUCCGCUGGUUCGGCCGCGAUACGGGCUCGCCAAGUGGAUGGGCCGCGAGACGCCUACAUCGUGUUGGCUUUGUCGAUAGCAACGACCCGAGCGCAUUUGGUUUUGUUAAUCCUCAAGAUGUGAUCCGCGGUGUUCAUAUGAUCCCGGGAUUUGCUUACGGUCGCACGUCCGAACUUUUAGCGCAUUCAAUUGCUAGAAAACAUGAAGAAAACAAACCUGACGGGAAUGAUGACGAAGAAGACCCUGAAUGGAUGUAUCAAAAUGAGUAUGACGAGCGCUGCGAAGAGACCGACUACCUUUUUUAUUAUGUCGGAAUGUUUGCCGACCGUGAUAUGUUUAUGAGGUUCCGCGGUGGCGGAAUAGGCCAUAGAGGUACACGCAGUGUUGACAAGUACCUCCAACAGGAUACGUACACCCUUGACCCCGAGGAUCUCACCGAAGAGCACGAGGCACCUUUGAAUGGCCCGAGCAACACGAACGCCGCCACGGUCAGCGCUGCCGAAGCCGACGUAGCGUCAAACGACGCGCACAUGAGCACUGCCAAUGCCACAGCGACAUUAUACGUGGACAUGCCGUCAACAGAGGGUGAUGCUGACGGUGUUGCCGACAAAGGAGGGGGGAUUUCAGACAGCGAGGACUCGGGUAUGCCGGAGGAUCCUGAGAACAUAUCAAAAGGUAAGAGCCGUGAAACAGCGGGGGAAAGCGACACCCACGAUGAUGACAAGGACGAGGACGAGGAAGAGGACGAGGGCGAACAUGAAGGCGAGUCCGAGUCCGGGUCCGAAGAUGAGUCCGAGUCUGAGUCCGAGUCCGAUGAUGGGAGCGGCUCGGAGGAUGCUGCGGACGAGGGAUCAGAGAGCGGGGACACUGACGACGAGGCCGACGACGAGGCGAUUCGAGACCGUGAAGGCUACGGCCCACUGUAG